CGCCGGAGGGCCUGCCGCCUUCGGCGCCGGGCAGCGCGAGCGCGACGCGAGCGGAGGCGAUGGCGAGAGGGGCGGCGGCGGCGACGGAGGCUGCGCGGCUGGCGGUGGCCAAGUCUCGCCGCGGCGCCGACGCGGAGCCGGGCGACGCCGCGUCCGAGGAGCUCACGCUGCCAGGCGCCCCCCUGCGGGAGCUGACAGCGACGGGCUCGGUCCGGGGCCAGCGCGCCGACCUCCGCCUCGGAGGCCGGGAGAAUCGCCGACCUCCGCCCGACUGCGCCGAGCGGGGCAGCAGCGAGCGGCGCGGUGCCGACGCUGAGCUGCAGGAGCUGGACUUCGGCCUCGAGGGCGAGGAAGUGGCCGUCGCUGGCGACGCUUCGGCUGCCGGCGCCAACACCCAGCAGCGGGGGAAGCCCCAUGUCACGUGCCAGGAGACGCUACCGCGGCGCAAGGACGCGAUCGGGACCAGGUUCGGCGCUACCUCGGAGGACGUCGACGGCCCGCAGCUCUCGUUCAAGGAUCGUGCGGUGGACAUCCUGGACCACGUCGGAGGCUUCCUGGAUGACAACGAAGGCUUCCUGGAAGACCCGUCCAAGGUGUCCUUGCAGGUUAGUCUCAGCCAUCUUGAGGGCAAGGGAGUGGCCAGGUCGCCCAUCGUCGAAGCGAUCGUCAGGGAUGCGGUCGCCGCCUACGCAAGCGUCAUUGAUCUGCUCAGUAGUUGCCGCGCUGCAGCUGUCUCAUGA